CACCUUAGUGUAAGUGGCUAAAAUCUCCAUCUGCCGCUCGGAAAUUUGGACUAUAACUGUUUUUAUUUUUUCCUUAAAAUCUAAAAAGUGGAAGUGAAUUUUGACCUGCUCUUCUGGUCUAUUGGAAUUUCUGAUAAUGCCCAACAAAGCCCAAGAGGAUGCUGUUAUCAACCUAAAGACUCUGCAGGAGAUUUCCAGUCAGCUUGGUUUUGAGUGGUCGGUUCUGGCCUACGAGCUCGGCUUCAACAGAACUGAGAUAGGGCGGUUCCACGCCAGAUCUACAGAGAAGAAUGUCCAGGCCAGGUCCAUGUUGGAAAGCUGGUAUGAGAAGUCAUGGAACAAGCCCAAUAAGACCAAGCUGCUCCAGGAUGGACUGGAGCGAGCAGGCAGACGUGACCUGGCUGAGAGGCUGCGCUGUCUCCACUGGGGUCACCAGAAGCUGAGCAAAAGAGUGGAGCUUCCCUCUGCCUUCCCCUUCCUCAUUACAGUCCACAAAACCAUCCACAACCAAGACGCACUACGUAGGAUCAACGACCUCAACCGAAAAUUCACUUAAAGCAGCUGUGGCUGUGUCCGUAGUUCAACCUGCACAUAGGCUAGUAUUGUACAAAGAAGAAGGCUUGCAGUCUUGUAAGACGUUGUAGUUUUCAAUAAAGAUUAAAUUGAAAUCCUCUCAUUUGUUUUGCAAUUCAGUUUAUGCCAUAACAUCUUUACAUACUCAGCCGAGAUGGUCUGGUACCUACACCAUCUGUGUUCACCUUCUUCUGGGACCAGCCUUGUUGGAU